CAAAGCUCGGGAUUUUCCAUUAUAUAAAUUCGAGCAUUUGCUACUGUCUGAGUUGAAGUGUUCGAUUUGAAAUCCCGCCGAGGCUAAAAACAGCUUCAACUCUGCCAAGAGAAACACAGGGAAUCCAUUAAAAUGGCCCUCCCGAACCAGCAAACUGUCGAUUACCCUAGCUUCAAGCUUGUGAUCGUCGGCGAUGGCGGUACAGGGAAGACUACUUUUGUGAAACGUCAUCUCACUGGAGAGUUUGAGAAGAGAUAUGAACCGACGAUUGGUGUUGAAGUUCAUCCCUUGGACUUCCAUACCAACUGUGGGAAGAUAAGGUUCUACUGUUGGGAUACUGCGGGUCAGGAGAAAUUCGGUGGACUCAGAGAUGGCUAUUACAUUCAUGGGCAGUGCGCCAUUAUUAUGUUUGAUGUCACAGCACGUUUGACAUACAAGAAUGUCCCGACAUGGCACAGGGAUCUCUGCAGGGUGUGUGAGAGUAUUCCCAUUGUUCUUUGUGGAAACAAGGUUGAUGUCAAGAACAGGCAAGUGAAGGCAAAGCAGGUCACCUUCCACCGUAAGAAGAACCUGCAGUACUAUGAGAUCUCUGCAAAGAGCAACUACAACUUUGAGAAACCUUUCCUAUAUCUUGCUAGAAAACUUGCUGGAGACAAUAACCUCCACUUUGUCGAAUCACCUGCUCUUGCUCCUCCAGAAGUUCAUAUUGAUAUGGCAACACAAGUACAGCACGAAGCUGAAUUGGCAGCAGCAGCAGAACAGCCUCUCCCCGACGAUGAUGACACAUUCGAGUAAAAAUGGAUGUUCUUUUCCAUUUCAUUCGGAAGAAUAUUCUUCAGCAGUUCGGCUCUUUAUAUUCCCAGUUGGUAGAGGAUGGUGUUGGUAAUGGGAAUGCGGAUUGGAAUUUUUUUCCAUUCUGCAAAGUUUUCCCCUUCUCAGCAUCGGAAGGGUUUGGGUAUUCGUUGUGGCUCCACACACAAUCACUUCAGCACCAGAGCACUAGAGUUAGGCUAGCAGCAGUAGUUAUCUUGGUCCGACUUGGGCUGUGCUUUUCUUUCUCAUAUGAUUUGGAACCUUCGUUCCAAAAGAUAGUGUAAUUUGAGUGAAAUAGACUAUGUUUUGUUGUGGAAAUUACUCAAUUCUAUGUAAACUGUUAAAUUAGCAUAGUUGUUUACUUAUUUAUGUAUGUAUUUUUGCUUGUUUUCGUUGGGAAUGAAGAUGCUUCAGUUUGUAUAAA